GGUCAGAUCCCACCCCAGCCGCCACCAUGUCGAAGCGAGGGAGAGGAGGCUCGGCGGGGAACAAGUUCCGGAUGUCGCUGGGUCUGCCGGUGGCGGCGACGGUGAACUGCGCGGACAACACCGGGGCCAAGAACCUCUACAUCAUCUCCGUGAAGGGCAUCAAGGGCCGCCUCAACCGCCUCCCGUCCGCCUGCGUCGGCGACAUGGUCAUGGCCACCGUCAAGAAGGGCAAGCCCGAUCUCCGUAAGAAGGUCAUGCCCGCCGUCAUCGUCCGCCAGCGCAAGCCGUGGCGCCGCAAGGACGGUGUCUACAUGUACUUCGAAGAUAAUGCUGGAGUGAUUGUCAAUCCUAAGGGUGAGAUGAAAGGCUCUGCUAUCACUGGACCCAUCGGAAAGGAGUGUGCUGACCUUUGGCCUAGGAUAGCUAGUGCAGCAAAUGCUAUUGUCUGAGCUUGUUUGAGUUGUCCAAACAAUUAUAUGAUCUCAGUAUUGUCUGCAAAUGUUUUUACUAGGACAACCGAGUAACUUUGUGGUGCUAUCGUUUGCUUGUCCUUUGCAGUUUUGUAGUGAACAGAAGUUGCCACCCCAUAUGAUAUUUUGUUUGUCAUCUAU